GGCUCAGCUUUUCCUAAACCGGAUCUGCCUUGUGUAACUGGAAUGCCCGGUAUUACGGGUGCUGUACCUGAGCCAGGCACAGUGUAUGCAUAG